AUCUAAGCAUUAGGCAAUUCUUCUUGAAAUGUUGAAAUUCGAACGUUUAAAUUGUAGAUACGAAAUUCAAUUUUGAACAAAACGGUCCCCGUAUUCGCAGUGUUUUCAUAUAGGAAAUUUGAGAAGGCGAAAAGUUAUCUAAAGGAAUUAUUCUGAGAUGACUGCAAAAGGAGUUGACGAUGGAAUCAAGCUGGUAACGGAGGACUUGUUCCAUGAUAUCCUGGAAAAACAAUUUGGAAGGUGCACUAUCAAAAAGUUUACAGUAGUGAGCAGCUCAGGUGCAGGUGAAAAUUACGCGUGCUCAUUAUAUCGUGUCACCAUUGAAAUCGAGAAAGAAGAUGGAACCGAAGAUUCAGUACGGUAUCUUACCAAAAUGGUGCCUCCUAACGACCCGAAUGCCCAAAUGAAAAAAUAUUUGGAGAUUUUCCCCAAAGAGGCUUUAAUGUACGAGAAGGCUAUCCCCAAAUUAGAAGAGGUUUUCCAGGAAAAUAAUAUGAAGAUUUCCAUUGGCCCAAAGUGUUGGAAGGUGGUCAAUAAUCUUGAAAUGCUGAUUAUAGAGGAUUUAGGAGUGCGAAAAUUCUCCAAUGCGGAUCGUCUUAACGGAAUGGAUAUUGAACAUGCCAAAAUGGUUCUAUCGAAGUUGGCACAGUUUCAUGCCGCCUCCGCUUGUGUUUUUGAAAAAGAUAGUACUUUCUCCAAGCAAAUAAUAUCUUCACUAAUGAGUGAACAGGCGUUUGGCUUUUUCCGAAUAAUGCAGCCCAUGUUAUGGGGAACUAUAAUAAAGUAUUUGAAGAUGUGGGAAACUUGUCAGGAAUAUGUGAAUCGAAUGGAAGAAAUGGUGAGUAGAAUGGGGGACCUGUACGUUGAUGUAUAUACACCAAAACCAGAUGAAUUCAAUGUACUUUUACAUGGAGAUCUAUGGGUCAACAAUAUAAUGUUUCAACAUGAUGAAAACGGCCAACCCAAGGACAUUUUGUUGAUCGAUUACCAAAUGGCAAGAUAUGGCUCCCCGGUGCAAGAUUUGAUAUAUUUUAUCUUGUCCUCCACUGAAUAUUCAAUCAAAGUCAGCGAGUUUGAUUACAUGAUUAAAUAUUACCACAGAGAAUUGGUAAAAAAUUUAGAGCUCCUCAAAUAUCCUAAAGCGCCACCAACACUUAUAGAUCUACAUGUUGCCGUUGUAAAAAAAUGUUACUUAGGCAUUGUUGUCAGCACCGGUGUUAUGCCCAUGGCACUUCUGGACCCCAGUGAGGACGCCAAUAUGGACAAUUUCAUGAAAGACAAUGAGGCUGGACAUAAAUUUAGGCUAGAUAUGUACUUGAAUCCGCGGUUAAUAAGGGCAUGUGAAUCGAUAUUUCCAUUUUUAGAAAAUCGAGGAGCUUUCGAUAUCUAAUAUGCGAAAGUAAAUAUGUAAUUCGGGAUGUUGCAUUUCUAGUAAUAAAUGUAGUGCUUUGGAAAUUGG